AUGGGGACCACGGAAGCCACCCUACGAAUGGGAAAUGUGGAUGUGAAGGAGGAAUGGCAGGAUGAAGACUUCCCCAGACCUCUCCCAGAAGAGACAGGGAUGGACAACCUUGGAAGCCCCAUUGAAGACACAUCCUCUCCUCCGAACACUUUAAACUUCAACGGGGCUCAUCGUAAACGAAAGACACUCGUUGCUCCUGAAAUCAACAUUUCACUGGACCAAAGUGAAGGCUCUGUCUUGUCCGAUGAUUUCCUGGACACCCCCGAUGACCUGGACAUCAACGUGGAUGACAUCGAAACCCCAGAUGAGACAGAUUCCCUGGAAUUCCUAGGAAACGGCAACGAGCUAGAGUGGGAAGAUGACACCCCUGUGGCCACUGCUAAGAACAUGCCUGGUGACAGUGCAGACCUCUUUGGGGAUGGGGCAGCUGAAGAAGGUGGUGCUGCUAACGGGCGCCUGUGGAGAACGGUCAUCAUUGGUGAGCAGGAGCACCGAAUUGACCUCCAGAUGAUCAAACCCUAUAUGAAGGUGGUGACCCAUGGAGGGUACUAUGGUGAAGGUCUGAAUGCUAUCAUCGUCUUUGCAGCCUGCUAUCUCCCAGACAGUAACUCUCCAGAUUACCAUUACAUAAUGGAAAAUCUCUUCUUGUAUGUCAUUAGCAGUUUGGAGCUCCUUGUGGCUGAAGAUUAUAUGAUUGUGUACCUGAACGGCGCCACCCCACGACGAAGGAUGCCGGGGAUUGGCUGGCUGAAGAAAUGCUAUCAGAUGAUUGACAGAAGGCUUCGGAAAAACCUGAAAUCCUUAAUCAUUGUCCACCCCUCUUGGUUUAUUCGAACAGUGUUGGCCAUCUCCAGGCCCUUCAUCAGUGUAAAGUUCAUCAGUAAGAUCCAAUAUGUACACAGCCUGGAAGAAUUGGAACAGCUCAUCCCCAUGGAGCACGUGCAGAUUCCUGAUUGCAUCCAACAAUAUGAAGAAGAAAGAAUCAAGGCCAGGAGAGAAAGGUCAGAAGAAAAGCCAGAGACAGUGGAGGAAAGGUCUUCAGUGGUCACAGAAGAUCAGGAAACAAGGUUUGUAGACAAAACUUGGGGUUGA